ACAUUCUCAUUUCUUUCGCUUAUUAACAAAAACACCCACUUUAUUUUAAAAAAAAAACCCGUUAUUUUUUAAAAUUUUAUUGCAACCCAACGUUUAUUUUUUGUAUGGUCCUCAUCUGCCCAGCUAAGAUAAGCUAAGGCACAACCUUUCAUUGUCAAUUUCACCCCCCCAUAGAGAAAAAACUAUUAUCUCAUCAUUAUCAUCAUCAAAAUAAUUAACAAAUAACAACAUAAUUACAAACCAAAUUAAACUAAUUAAGCAUUAUUAAUUUGGACGGUCCAAAGAUAACAAAAAUUAAUCCUUUCCCAACGAUUAUAACCUAAAGUUUCCCCUCUUAUAAAACCCAACCAUCCUUAUCCCUCAACCCUCACUCACUCACUCAUUCAUUCAUCAACCCAAAAACAAAAGAAACAUUCCCACAACAGAGAAACAAAAAUGGAGGGCAAAGAUGAAGAUGUUAGACUCGGAGCUAACAAGUACGGGGAGAAGCAAGGGUUGGGUACGGUGGCGCAAGACAGAGACUACAAGGAGCCACCACCAGCGCCGCUGUUUGAGCCCGGAGAGCUGACGUCAUGGUCAUUUUACAGGGCCGGAAUUGCGGAGUUUAUUGCAACAUUCUUGUUCCUUUACAUCAGUAUUUUGACGGUUAUGGGGUACAGCCGUGCUGAUAACAAGUGUAAAACUGUUGGUAUUCAGGGUAUUGCCUGGGCUUUUGGUGGAAUGAUCUUUGCCCUUGUUUACUGUACUGCUGGAAUUUCUGGAGGUCACAUUAACCCAGCAGUAACAUUCGGAUUGUUCUUGGCAAGGAAAUUGUCGUUGACAAGAGCAGUGUUCUACAUGAUUAUGCAAUGUUUAGGUGCCAUUUGUGGUGCUGGUGUGGUUAAGGGAUUCCAACCCGGGCCCUACCAGGUCGGUGGUGGAGGAUCUAACUAUGUUCACCAUGGUUACACCAAGGGAUCAGGCCUUGGUGCUGAGAUUGUUGGUACCUUCGUCCUUGUCUACACCGUCUUCUCUGCCACUGACGCCAAGAGAAGCGCUAGGGACUCUCAUGUUCCUAUCUUGGCACCCCUCCCAAUCGGGUUCGCUGUGUUCUUGGUUCACUUGGCCACCAUCCCCAUUACCGGCACCGGUAUCAACCCUGCUAGGAGUCUUGGUACCGCUAUCAUCUACAACAAACAAAUUAACAACUGGAACGACCACUGGAUCUUCUGGGUGGGACCAUUCAUUGGAGCAGCAUUGGCAGCUGUUUACCACACAGUGGUGAUUAGGGCAAUCCCUUUCAAAUCCAAGUAAUGGGUUUAAAUAAGCUCAUGGGUUUCAUUCAUGGGUGGAUGUUGUUGUAUGAUUGGAUCGUCUCAUCAGCCCGACGACCCGUAUUUGUGUUCUAAGGCUGUUUGAUGGUGACUAGAAGAAUCCCAUGUGUGUUAUUUUCUUUGUUUGUCAUUUGUAUUAAGUAAGUUAUUUUGUAAUUUUUUAAAAUUUUCCUCGAAGAAUCCUGAGAGGGUUGUGGCUUGUAUUGGACUGGGUUGUGAAAAUGUAAAUUCUAAUUAUCAACUAUGUAAUUGUAAUGGUCCCGUUCCGGGUAUAUUAAGUACUAGCCUUUUUUUUCUUGUA